CAGUCCUUCAACCCAACAACAACAAGAACAGCAUCUACACCUGCUCUUCAGGGCAGCAUCACCACGUGAUUCUUCUGCCAACUUGCAUUUUUAUUUAUUUUUUGUCACUUUACUUCAAAUAUCGGUUAAUAUGAAGUCAUUCAUUCCAAAUUUUGGAAGUUUGCCAGACACAAAGAGGUCAGUGACAUCAAGCAAAGUCUCCUCCACAGUCUGUUCCCCAGCAGAAUGAGAACCUCAAGUACUGAGGCCUGAGAAAGCCAAAAGCAUCCAGAUGGAGUCAUCAUGCUACCCUGGAAGGAUGGUAAGCAAGAGGAUCCUCCAGAGUCAGAUGAUUCAAGUGAUGAGAUACCUCCGGGGGGAGUUUUCCAGAUAGUGGCUGUGGAGGAUGAGAAUGAUGAGACCAGUGAAGACGACAAUGUGGCUGCAGACUCGAAUGGAGACAGUUCUACUGGCAGUCAUGAUGAUGAGGAUAAUGAGAGUGACAGUUCUUUAAGUUCUGAAGUAGAAGCCACUAUAGAGGAAAUAUUUGGAGUCAAACCCUCAAUUGAAGCACAAAGAGAACAUCCUCCUGAUCUAGAAGCUGACUCAGGAAUUGUGGACAUCUGUUUUCAUCCAAGUGUUGAAUUACUGUCUACCGCAACCAUGGAUGGAGAGGUCAUGAUAUAUCGGUAUAGCCAAGAUAGUGUUGAAGAAGUGGCUCGAUUGUCCCAUCACAAGAAGGCUUGUCGGGCUGUUUGCUACAAUGAUGAUGGCACUGUUCUCUAUACCAUCAGUAAAGAUAAAUCUCUGGCUGUCAUCGACACCCAAAAUUCUGCUAUCAGACAGCACAUAAAAGAUGCCCAUGAAUCCUCUGUAUUCAGUUUCCUCCCAAUAGAUGAAUUUAUGUGUGCAUCUGGGGAUGACGAUGGGACAGUAAAAAUUUGGGAUUUGCGCAAGAAGAAACCUAUAUUUGAUUUUAAGUGUGGAGAACAAACAGUGACAUCACUAAUUACAGACGAACAGAAUAAGUUUCUAGUUGCAUCAGUGAAUGAUGGAUCCAUUGCAGGAUUCAAUAUCCGUGGAAAGGCAUUAGAGACUCAGUCAGAAUUGUAUGGAAGUGAAAUGACGUCUCUUUCCUUGGUACGAAAUGACUCGCGUUUGGUUGUAGGAUCUGGGGAAGGAACAAUGUUUAUCUUCAAAUGGGGAGAAUUUGGCUAUCAUAUUGACCAGUUUCCUGGUCAUCCAGACCAGAUACAUUGCAUUGUCCCCAUCACAGACCGAAUGAUGCUGACUGGCUGUGAAGAUGGCAAUAUCAGGUAAUUGUCUACUGUUG